UCCUGCGUAAAUCUUCAAGCAGAAUAGCUCGAGAAAUCUUUACUGAAAAAGGUCUUCGCAAGGUUCUUUCAAGAAACAGUUUUGAAGUUCGUCUUUUCGGUUAUGCUAAUCUGGACAUGUGGGUUACAUCACUCUGAACUAUUGACACUACAUUAAUCGCCUGCUUAUCACUUUCAUUCCGAAUCCAGCUCCUGUAAUAGUGGGGGAAGUAGUAAUAAGUGGCUUAGUUGGUGCACAGCUGACGCCUACACGCACAGUUAGCGGCUGUGUACCAACAACGUCUGACAUGGAGAAUAACUCGUACCUGGGGAUUGAUUUAAGCACACAACAGCUUAAAGCAGUAGUAGUUGACAAUCAGUUAACUGUCCUACAUGAAGCACAGGUUCAGUUUGACAAUGAUUUGCCAGAAUUCAGGACACAUGCAGGAGUGGUACGGAAGGGCAGGGAGGUGUGGGCCUCUCCAGUCAUGUGGGUAAAAGCACUUGAUAUGCUCAUGGACAGGCUUAGAAUUUCUGGAACUCAGUUUGAGAAGAUUGCUGCGAUCUCGGGAACUGCACAACAACAUGGAUCUGUCUACUGGCAGCGUGGAAGUGAGAAAGUUUUGGAAUCACUUUCACCAGAUCGCUUCAUGCAUGAACAGUUAAGUGGCUGUUUCUCAGUGAAAGAAUCACCUGUAUGGCAAGAUUCAAGCACUUCCAAACAAUGUCAGCAGCUAGAGGCAGCUGUUGGAGGUCCAUUGAAACUGGCAGAAAUUACAGGUUCCAAAGCAUAUGAACGCUUCACUGGCCCUCAGAUUGCAAAAAUAUUUCAGACGAAGCCUUCGGCAUAUGAAAAUACAGAGAGAAUCUCAGUAGUAAGCAGCUUUGUAUGUUCACUGUUCCUGGGUCACUAUGCUCCAAUAGACUAUGCUGAUGGUUCUGGUAUGAACCUAAUGGACAUUACACAGAAGAAAUGGUCCAAAAUUUGCCUUGAGGCCUGUGCUCCUGGUCUUUCUGAAAAGUUGGGGGAGCCUGUACCCUCUUACACUUUGUUGGGCCCGGUUUCUAACUAUUUCGUUGAACGGUUUGACUUCAAUACUGACUGCAAAGUAGUGGCCUUUACUGGAGAUAACCCAGCAUCACUUAUUGGAAUGCGACAAACUAAAAAUGAUGUUGUCGUAAGUCUUGGCACAAGUGACACACUAAUCCUGUGGUUAGAAAAGCCACACACCCUUCCUUAUGGCCAUGUUCUCUGCAAUCCACUCAACAGCGAGGAGUAUAUGGCACUGCUGUGUUUUAAGAAUGGAUCUCUCACAAGGGAACGGAUUAGAGAUGACUGUGCAGAGGGAUCAUGGAAUCUUUUCAAUGAGCUUCUGGACAGUACACCUAGAGGCAACUUUGGAAAUAUGGGUCUUUACUUUGAUGCACAAGAAAUUAUACCAUUUGUUCAAGGAGAUUUUCGUUACAACAAAGCUGGUGAUCGAGUGUCUAGGUUCAGUAGUAAGGAAGUAGAAGUUCGAGCUGCCAUCGAAGGACAGUUUAUAGCACGGAGAGCUCAUGCAGAAGAUCUUGGUCUUUCUGUAGGCAAUGAAAUGAGAAUCCUGGCAACAGGUGGUGCAUCAGCAAACCAAACAAUUCUUCAGGUCUUAGCAGAUGUUUUCAAUGCAGAUGUCUAUGUUUUGGAUAUAGUGAACUCUGCAGUCUUGGGGGCUGCAUAUCAAGCCAAGCAUGCUAUAGUUCAUGCCUCUGGAAGUUCCUUCAAAGAAAUGGUUUCACAUUUAGGCCACCCUCAUCUGGUUUGUCAGCCUCAUCGUGAUGCUGCUUCUAUAUAUGAUCCAAUGCUGAAACGGUACCGAAAUAUAAUACAGGCAAUUACCAAUGACCAUCAAAAAUUAUAACCACAAUCUUCACCAUCUAUUUGCUAUUUAUGUGUUGAUAGCAAAUUAUUAAUACCUCAGAUGAUUUUCUGUCUACAUGAGAUUCUUGUUUGUGCAAUACUUACCAGAUAAAACUGUUAGUAUUUUUUAUUAUUAAGAACACCAACUAUUUUGUUAUUGGGUUGUGCUAUAAUGUAUCUAAUAGCUACUUGUUCUCUAAGAGUUGCUUUAACAUUGUGUUCAUUUUGUAAAAAGAGAAAUUGCAACAGGACGAUAUUCAGAGUGAUCUACAUUGUUAUAUGUGUGUAAUUUCUGCAUUUAUCAUACACAUUUAUCUAAGAACUAUUUCCUAUUGCUCAAUGGCAAUAUUAGUAUUUUGUAAUAUUGACAGAUUUAAAUUGGCAGCAAAAAAUUAAGAUUUGCAUUGUGAACAUGGUGUAUGUGCUAAAAGCUAACUGUAUCAUUUAAAAUGACAUAGAGGAGGUAAGAGUAAGUCUGUUUCACAUGCUGACCUGACCUUGAACUUUGUCCUUUUUUUAAAGGAAAGGCAGCUCAUUAGCUCAUUAGUUUUGUGGAGGUGAGAGGGAUGGAGGAAGUAAAGCACAAUUUCUUUAAAAAAAACUUCUUUCUUUUGCGUCUUUUCCCACAUCAACAUAGGGUUGGCAUGAUUAAUUUAAUGAGUGGCAGGAUGCCUUUCCUGUCACCACUCUUACACACUCUUACAGGUAUGUGUAACCCCGACUGCCUUCAAGUAGUGUGGAAGUGAGUAAAAGUUUCUGAAUGUUUGUGAAUUGUCUAACUGAGGUGGGACUUGGGUAGAAGCCCAGUAUUUGCCUAAUGGGAUGUGGAAAACUGCCUAAAAACCACAUCUGGACUGGCUGGCACGCCAGUCCUCAUUAUUAAUCUGUUAUGCAUAUUCGAUCCCGGGCCGGCACAACUCCCUGUCCCAGAAGCGGUGCUUUAAUGCAAAUGUUACAAGAUGAUGAUCUUGUGCACUUUGGUCCCAGUUCUCAUGGGCACCCAGUAGCUGAAGGUUCUUCUUCAGUUCACUUCCUUGCUCUUCCAGUAGGGUGAGCUCUUUCAAUUAUUCCCAAAUGCACAACUUUGGCCUGACACCUGUCUGGCCCCCUGCCAAUGUGCCCUGCCAGGCUUAUUCUCUGCUCUUUCAUUUUCUGAAUGAUGUUUAGUUGUUUCUUCAGGUCAUGCAGUUCCUGGUCUUUUUGAUGUCUACAAGUUUUGUCUUCACAGGAUGAUCCAAAAAUCUUUCUCAUGAUUUUCCUUUCAAAAAUCAACAGGUUCUUUUCAUUUGUUUGUGGUGCUUAAUGUUUCUGUCCCUCAUAAUGCUGCCAGUACUAUCACUGCAUUAUAUACUUUAAGUUUGGUCUUAACUAACAGAUUUUUUGAUGACAUUAGGUGUUUCAGACUGAAAUAAAUUUUAGGUGCUUUGACAGUACAUUGAUUAGUUUCUGUUUCAAUUCAUUAUGCCUGCUGAACCAUGUGCCAAGCUACUUAAAAGUUUCAACUCUCACUGUGUUUCAUAUUCCAACACAUAACUAGGCAUUAUUAGAGGUUUCUAUGGAUACUUUUAUCAUUUGAGCCUUCUCUUAAACAUGUCCAGUCUUAUUGGCAUUCUUUGCUAAGUUCUCUAUGGUUUCUGCCAUUCUCUCUCUGACUCCGUUGUGGCUGCCAUGUCAACUGUAUAUCCCAAUAACUGCAUUCUUCAGUUUAGCUUCACCCCUUUGCCUUCUUCUUUCAUUUCCAGAAUUACAUUCGCCGGACCGAAUUGAAAAACAAUAGGGAAAUGGCGUCACCUUGUCUCACACCUGUUUUGAUGCUGAAUUGCUUGGAUAACUUGCUGUGGUAUCUCACCUUAGCUUCUGUCUCUGCUGUCUACACCUUCAAACGUUAAUUAAUAUCAUUGGCAUGGCAAGCUCCCUCAGGAUGUUGUACAUGCUUAAUGUGCUUAUACUAUUAUAAGACUUUGAGAAAUCCACAAAUGUAAUCAGGAAUUGAUGGUUGAAUUCUCAGCACUUCUCCCAGACUUACCUCAUUGUCAAAAUUUCAUCCACAGUUGAUCUUCCUUCCUGAAAACCUGCCUGGUACUCUCCAACAAUGUCUUUCGUGAAAGGCUUCAGCUUUUCAAGAAUUAUUAGUGAUAAAAUUUUGUGUGGUGUGCUUAGAUAAGAAAUACCUCAGUAAUUCCUUUUACUGUUCUUUUUGUGCAGUGGGAUGAUAGUAGCUGACUUCCACUCUUUCAGGAUCAUGUCCUUUCUCUAUACUUCACUUACAAAAAUAUAUCGCUCUUUCUGAAGUGUUCCACCUUCCAUCUUUGACAUCUCUGCAAUUAUCCUGGUGCCUCAUUAUUAUUCAGUUUCUUAACUGCUCUGCAUAUGUCCUGUUGAAUUACUUGAGAUUAUUCUUUCUGUACACCCUCUGCAAUUCUUCCUUCAUGGAAGACAUUUUCAGGAUCUUCAGCAUUCAACAACUUGCCUCCACCUAUAUAAAACAUUCUCGAACAUCUUGCCAUGUCAGUUCAGGGUAAAACCUCAAGCUUAUGAUAUUUACACCAUUGUUUUCAUCAGGAGUAACUGAUUGCAAAACUGAUGGUGUGGUGGCGUUAUACAUCCCAAAGACAGCUUCUGAUUUUUUGGUAGUUGUGUCAUGCCGUCGCAGAUGGUGUCAGCAUCGGUUCUGGCAGCACCACCACUCCCAUCAUAGCAUAAACAUAACAAAGAAUAUCUCUGGCUCUUCUCUGCAUCAAGAGCUUGCUUCCAUGCACCAAUUAGAUUAUAUCCGCCGUCUCAGUUGAAGGUCUUCUCACACUUUCAUAUUUCUGCAGCCUGUUUAAAUCUUCCCAUUGAUCAUUAACACUUCUUUCAUUACUUCAGAUUUGUUAUGAACUCUGAUAUUAUUAUGCUGGUGAUACAACUCUGGAUCCUUAAGCUUCUCAACUUCAAAUUGUCUCUUGACCCUGUUGUUCCUCCUUCUUUUACAACACAACUGAAGUUGUAGUUCGUCGAGUACUAGAUAAUGGUCUGUGUCUGUAUCAGCCUGUCUGUAGGAUCUAAUACUUGUCAUAUACUUUUCGUUCAUCUCAUCUUUAUGCAUAUGAUCUGAUAGAUGGCAUUACCAGCUGAGGAAGUGCAGGUACUUUUGUGUAUAUGUUUGCGAGGGAAGGUCAUCUAGUUCACCAGAAGGUUCUGGCUAAGCCUAAAACUCAUGAGAUGCAGUCCAUAGGAAGAAAUAGGGAAAAAAUUAAAUGAAUGGGACUAUAAAUAUCUAAGAAUUAAAUACAACAACCAUGACAGACAGAUAAGAGGAAAAAAAUUGGAAUGAAUCAGUAAGAAUAAAUGUGGAAACCAAGCGAGUGCAGUAUAAAAACAAUUAUGGAAAAGAGAUGAUCAUGUGCAUUAGGAGGGAAUUGAGUGUGUUGAAGAUGUGUGUUUGCAUAGUUAUACAGCAAGUGAAUACACAACAAUAAAGUACCAUUACAACAACUGCGCCUCUUCAAUUGUGUUUGCAAAUUUACUUCAGUGAAGAUCAGUAACAAGGAAAUCCAGCUUUGUUAGUGGUAAAAGUAUUAUUCUGCAGUGAGAAACAAGAAUUUGUCAAUAUGGAGUCAGGGGAUGGAUAGUCAAGGGUGGUGGGAAUAGCUAGGAGAAUCUAGGAGAAACUUCUAGGCGAUGGAAGUAUGACAGUGUAAAUACAAAGGGAAGAGAAAAUGAAGUAAAGACGGCUAUCUCAAAUGAGUUAGUCAAGAUAACUGAGAUGCAGAACAUCUGUUGUAAGGUAUAAAGCUAGAUAAAUUUAAAGCUGGACAGGUAUUUUGAGGAUUAAUCACUGCAAACCUUUAGAAAAAGUGGUCUAUGGUGAAAGACAAAUUAAAAUGUUUUAUUUAAUCUGUGGGUUUACCUUCUAUUUGGUGUUAGAAACAUUCCUUUUGAAAUACUGGCAAAUUCAAGUCAGAGCAGCAUGUAGCAGAAACUAUAUGAGUAACUAAUGCACCUAUUUGAUAUAAGACUGAGUUUUCAUAACAGACUAUGUACACCUAAGUUCAUAAGUGAAGGAAUCUACGAGAUUCUCAAAACGGGAGGCAUGAUGAUGAUAAAUGCACAUAAAUCUGACCUGUAAAUGUUGUGACAUGUGAUAUAAUGUUAUAAAUACAAGAUGUACUUGAAAACUGACCAGGGACUGUGGGGAGCUCUUACUCUGUGUCACAUCCACCUGCCAGUGACACGGAGAAAGUCAGUACUAGGUAUGAUACCCUUGCAUGGCAGUACAGGAUGCAAAUGGUUCUGUAUAAUGUGAAUUAGUCUAUCCAGUAGAUAAUUCCUCUAACUGCUUGAUUGGCACCCAGUGUAAGUCAGCAUUGGUAAUGUGUUGGUGGCAUGAGGAUUGUAGUUAUUUGGCUUAGAGAACCCUAUGCAUGUUCCAAUUAACUCUGAAGAGUGUACUGUCACUCUAGAUGCAUAAUGCCCUCACAAUACAGGUAGUACUUGUCUUCUAGGCCAAUCUUGUGUAGUAAGGCAUAAUAGUCUUUCUGAUGUACGUCAGGGUUAAAUGUACGAUAAAAAGGGAACAUAAAGAAUUGCAGGGCAUCACAUCUAUAAGCUGCAGCCAUCACAUUUGCCCUGUGAAACACAUGUAGUGGUAUAAGUGUUCCUGAUAUGAUGCUCUCCCAAUCGAGGAUGCUGAAAACGCCAUACUGGCCCCUUUUCACAGUUAUGGUAGGGUUUUAACACUUACCAAGGGUAAACACAUAGGAAAAGUCACUUUCUGGGCUUAAACAUAGCAGUCACAUGGAUAGGUGACUGCCAACACUUGCUAAGUGGGCAUGGCACUGUACUCAUUGAGCCAUGUGGGGAACACAGCUGAUGAGUUGCUAGUAUUGUGUUGCAGCUGCCAGAAACUAAGUCCGAAUUCAAGGUCAAGUGCAGUAAAACGCGUAAGACACAAUACUCACCCACCGUCCCCUCUCCUAAACUCAGUAGUCCACCCAAACAGUAUGUACACUGUUUAAAUAAAUUAUUUUUAAGCAAUUAUUAGUUAUCAAUGCCGUAAUCUCCAUAAGAAUAACACAGACCGGAAGUGAAUUCUUCUGCAACACGGAUCAAGUAAAUAUACGGGUGACCUUGAGCGGGACUUAGCCGCAGAGCGAGGCUGUCGCGCAACACGCGUCCUAGUGACAGCAUUGUUGCACCAUUGUUGCGCUUCCCGUAUAUUUACUUGAUCCGUGUUGCAGAAGAAUUCACUUCCGGUCUGUGUUAUUCUUAUGGAGAUUACGGCAGUGAUAACUAAUUAUGAUGAUAUGAUGACCCAGAGGAUGCAGUGAUGUCUCAAGUCAGAGCUAUUGCUGUGCCGGUUUGAUGUCUGUGGGUGCAUAAGUAAAGAUAACAAUUCUGGCAGUAGGCUGUGUCACAUCUUCUACACACCUAUCUUCUGGUAUCCUCUCCACAGCUGGACACAUGGGGCUUAAGGCAGCUGGAGACUUAUCUUCUAAUAAUGCAACACCAGUACAUAGUGGCAUCCAGAGGUGCUCACUGUGUCAUCCUCCUAACAUAACAUCUUAAAUGCAGUGUGUUAGACACACAAAACAUGGAAUUAGAAUCACUAUAUCUAAGUGAUACAGAGUCACAUGAUACAUCACAUGAUUUCCUCCCUACUAUCCAGGCACAGUUUAGUCCAUCAUGAUGAAAUAUUUUUUAAUGGAACUCAAAGAACCCUUUAUUUAUGGACACGAGUGUAUUUUAGGAUUCUAGCUUUUAACUGUUAUAUUUAAACAAUGGUUGUGAAAUUUUAUCACUCUAAAUUCUCCAUAGUUUCUAGACAACUUGUAUUUAUGGAGGAGCUUGUGAAGUGGUCUUUUUUAACCUUAGUUUUUAAUUGAUUCAGUGUCUUAUUGUGAUAGAUCUCACAGAGAAGGAUAAUUUUGAGAUUGUUUUAUAACAGCUUGAUAUCAGUUUUUGUGUUUAAGUGUGCAAUGUGAAAGCUGUCUAAUGUAAUAGUAAAAAAAAAGUAUUCCAAAUACUGCAAAAUAUUUCUUUGCUUCAAGUACAUGAUGUGUGUUGAGGCAGAAACUUAACUACAGACAAUGUUCACAGCAACAUUCUAAGUGAGCUGUUUGCAUGUAAGAACUACAAGCAGGUAUUAUUACAGUGUCACCAGUACCUGGAAGGCCAUACAGUGCCUCUUUGUCUCUUACUUUUGCUUCUUAUCUUUCAGUCUGGCUGUCUCUCCAGAUAGUAUAGUUUCAUUGUUAAAUUUUAAUUUAAUAUGUCUGGAUAUCCCACAUUUGUUUGAUUAUGAAAGCUGCUCUUCCUCUUCUACAUCUUCACAUUUUUCUCCUUUUAUAAUAUUUUUCAUUUUGUUUAUGGUGAAAAACCUUCUGAUGCUGAAAUAUUGAAACUUACCUUUAACAGUUUCAUGGCAGCUACUGAUUUUUCUGCUGUUUAUAACUAAGAGCUUUUGUUUCCUCAGUAAUACCAUUCACAAUUGUGUCUUUGAUGUUUGUGUUAGCUUUACACUAAGGAGUUUCAUGUAUAUUCAUAAUGUUGCAAAACUCACCACUGGUAAAGUGUUAUGCAUAAUACAUUAUCUGAAAAAUUGUAGAGUUAAAAUUAUUGGUUUUCAUUUUGAAUAGAAGUUGCUAAUUUUAUUGUAAUUUAUUCUUGUUCAUCUAAUGGUUGUACUUUAACUAAAUGUGCACUUAAUGAUGUAGCCAAAGAUUUUAAUACAGUUGACACUGUGACUUUAAUAGAUUUUUGAUAGCUUUUGUAUUUUACUUUUGUGGCAAUAAAUAAUAAUAAAAACU